AUGGCUGUCCUCAGACCACUCGUGAAGCCCAAGAUCGUCAAAAAGAGGACCAAGAAGUUUAUCUGGCACCAGUCAGACCGAUAUGUCAAAAUUAAGCGUAACUGGCGGAAACCCAGAGGCAUUGACAACAGGGAGCGCAGAAGAUUCAAGGGACAGAUCUUGAGGUCCAACAUUGGUUAUCGGAGUAACAAGAAAACAAAGCACAUGUUGCCCAGGGGCUUUCGGAAGUUCCUGGUCCACAAUGUCAAAGAGCUUGAAGUGCUGCUGAUGUGCAACAAAUCUUACUGUGCUGAGAUUGCUCACAACGUCUCCUCAAAGAAACACAAAGCCAUUGUGGAAAGAGCAGCCCAGCUGGCCCUCAGAGUCACCAAUCCCAAUGCCUGGCUGCACAGUGAAGAAAAUGAAUAG